AUGCCGCAUUCGUCUGGGUUUGCUAUUUGUACAUACUAUAUCACCGAAAUGGCUUUCGUAAGUUGCAAAGUAUGCUUACUGUAUUGUUCUUGUCCCUAUGUAACGCAAAUAAACAAUUAUUAA